AUGACUAUUCACUUCAUCUGCUUGUUCUUGUCACUCUCAUCUUUCCAUGUUUGUUUAUCUCAAGCUCCACCAGCACAACAUUCCAAACAGAUCAACCCAUUCAGCCCCAAAGCCUCUCUCAUUCGCUAUUGGAACACUCGAGUCUCCAACAAACGUCCCAUCCCAAACUUCUUUCUUUCUAAAGCUUCCCCUCUCACACCAAACCACUACGCAUUCCUCAACAGCCUCCUCAACCGUAGCCCCAAACCCUUCACACCACAGUUCCACCACUCUCUCUGCUCCGCACCAAAUUUAUAUUGUUCCUUCGACGACACCGCAAACACACUUCAACACCCCACCGUUUCCAAAAACGACGACGCCAACUUCGCCGUUUACUCCAACAAGCGCUUCGCAAACUACGGUUCCUCCCGAGUCGGCGGAGUCGACUCGUUCAAGAACUACUCAAACGGCUUGAACUCAAACAACGACAGUUUCAGGAAAUACAGCACGACCUCAACUCGCCACAGUGGCGAGUUCAACAACUACGCCGAAAACGGCAAUGUUGCAAACACCAACUUCACAAGCUACGGUUCCGGCGCUUCCUCUACGUCCAACGACUUCAACAACUAUGACAAAACGGUUAACGUCCCCAACCUCGGUUUCACCACCUACGAUUCCGGCGCCGGAAACCACAAGCUCUCGUUCUCAAGCUACGGCAAUGAAACAAACUCUGGCACCGAAUCUUUUGCCAGCUACGGCAAGCGCAUUCGCGGCGGAACCAGCGACUUCAAGAACUACGCUGGUGGCGCCAACAUCCUGCAAUCCGAGUUCGCCAAUUAUGGCGAUUUAAGCACUGGAGUAUCCAACGAUUCCUUCAAGUUCUACAGCUUCGACGGCAACAAUCCUCGGAACGUUUUCAAAAGCUACGGCGCCGGAUCGGUCUCCGGCUCCGACACGUUCAACAGCUACCGUAACCGUGCCAAUGUCGGCGACGACUCAUUCCAAAGCUACGCCGUGAAAUCGAAAUCCGGCACAGCCAAUUUCGCCAACUACGGCCAAUCGUUCAACGUGGGAAACGACAGUUUCGCCGAAUACGGAAGAGGAUCGUUGGGCCGGGCCUCGUUUGGGUUCAGGUCGUACGGGUUGGGCCGCGCGUUCAAGGGAUAUAACAAACAAGGCGCGUCGUUUGCUGAAUAUCACAAUCUUAGCGCUUCGAGUGGCAAAGUUGUGAAUAAGUGGGUGCAGCCAGGUAAAUUUUUCAGGGAGGAAAUGAUGAAGGAGGGGAACGUGAUGGUGCUGGCGGACAUUAGGGAUAAGAUGGUUGAAAGGUCGUUUUUGCCCCUCGGCAUUUCGUCGAAAUUACCGUUUUCUUCUUCGAGGCUGGAGGAAAUGAGGCAGGUGUUCCACGCGCGGGAGGGGUCGGCUACGGAGCGCGUGAUGGUAAACGCAUUAGAGGAGUGCGAGAGGGCUCCGAGCCGGGGUGAGACGAAACGGUGCGUUGCAUCCGCAGAGGGAAUGAUAGAGUUUGCGGUAUCGGUGUUGGGAUCCGACGUGGCGGUGAGGACUACGGAGAAUGUGAAUGGUUCAGGAAAGAGCGUGAUGAUUGGAAGGGUCUACGCAGUGGACGGUGGAAAAGUGACCAAGUCAGUCUCGUGUCAUCAGAGUUUGUACCCUUAUUUACUGUAUUAUUGUCACUCUGUCCCCAAAGUGAGAGUGUACGAAGCUGAUAUUCUUGACGUGGACACUAAGGUGAAGAUUAAUCAUGGGGUUGCCAUUUGUCACGUUGACACCUCAUCGUGGGGUCCAGAACAUGGUGCCUUCUUGGCUUUGGGGUCUGCCCCCGGAAAAAUUGAGGUGUGCCACUGGAUCUUCCAGAAUGACAUGACUUGGACCAUUGCCCAUUGA